AUGAAGGACAUUUACAAAGAAGAAGAGCUCACCAUACCUGAAGGGGUGACGGUGUCCAUUAAAUCUCGCAACAUAAAAGUCACCGGACCACGUGGUACCUUAACAAAAAAUCUUCGUCAUAUCGAUUUGGAGAUAAGAAAAACCAAUAAUCGAAUUAAACUUAUCGUGUGGCACGGUUCUCGUAAGCAUGUUGCUUGUUUGCGUACUGUCAAAUCUCAUAUUGAAAACAUGAUUAAGGGAGUUACCAAGGGUUUCGAAUAUAAGAUGAGAUAUGUUUAUGCUCAUUUUCCAAUCAAUGUUCACAUCGAGGAUGGAAAAAGUGUAGAAAUUCGUAAUUUUUUGGGUGAAAAGGUUAUAAGACGGGUUAAAAUGUUAGAUGGGGUUGAAAUCAAAGUUUCCACUCAGAAAGAUGAAAUAAUUUUAACUGGAAAUGAUUUGGAAAUGGUUUCUCAAUCAGACAUUCAACAGUCAACUACCGUCAAAAACAAGGAUAUUCGUAAGUUCUUGGACGGUAUUUAUGUUAGCGAGCGUGGUGUACUAGACAAAA